GGCGGGUAGCCUAGGCAGGUCUUUUUGCCGUCGGCGCGAAUCGAUCAAGUUCGCAUGAAGGCGAUCACGCAGGCGAUUCACGCACAUGGCCAGAUGACAUCAUGCUCUUCCAUCAUCCCCCUGCCUCCCCCUCCUUCUAUUCCCUGCUCCUCAUCAUAUCUGGAUUCCUCCCUCCAUCUCUCUCCUCCCCCGCCAGUGCCCCUUCUCACUCGCUACUCCGCUGGACGUCCCCCCAUGACCCCUGCUACCACCUCGAUGGGCGCCCGCGCCACUGUUUGUCAGAGUUCAUCAACGCGGCCUAUGGCGUCCCCGUGCUGGCCAGCAACCCGCCCAGUCGCGGUGGGUUGAACCGGAACGUGAGCUCCCUCACCGACCUCCACAACCCCCACAACCUCACCUGCCUGAGCGGGGAGCCAUGGGAGGGGGACUGGGCCAUCACCAUUCCCCUCGGACGCCGCUUCGAGAUCACCUACAUCAGCCUGCAGUUCUGCCAGCAGGUGGAGCUCUCAGAGGGCCAGUCCAUCUCCAUCCUCAAGUCCAUGGAUCACGGCCACACCUGGAGACCCUUGCAGUAUUACUCCAGCAACUGCCCGGGGGUCUUCAGCCAGCCCGCCCAGACCGUGGCCCUCAACAGGCACCAGGAGACCGAGCCCUUGUGCUCCGAUCCCAGGCCCCUGCAGAAGCACCGCGGCGGGGCCGUGCUGGCCUUCUCCACCCUGGACGGACGUCCCUCGGCAGCUGACCUGGACUUCAGCCCCGUACUUCAGGACUGGGUGACAGCCACAGACAUCCGAGUGCUCUUCCACAAGCCCGUCAGCAGGGCAGCUGAACAAAAACGGGAAUCUGGGGGGCGGGCUACGGAUGGGGUCACGGGAGGGGGGGUUUUGAGGUGGAGGGCCGGAACCAAAGCGGAGAGUGACACUCCUGUUGAAAUUCCGAGAGGAGAUGGACUGUUGUGGGGAAUGAUGGAGGAGAAGGAGAUCCUGAAGAUGGAGGGGGAGGGCUUGAAGAACAGGAGAGGAGGCGAGGCGACCAGCAAAGCUUCCAGGAGAAACGGAGGUAACAAGUCCCGCUCACAGGAAGACACUCAAAACACAACCAGGAAGGAAGGGGAAACCGUGACAACGGACACUCCGACCUCAUCCAAGAAGGUGAGGGGGCGCGGCAGGAAAAAGGAAAGCCAACAUUGGACGCCUUGCCAGGACGGACGCUGUGAUUGGACAGUCGAGGGGCAGGGGAGGAGCCCCAAAGGCCACGAACUACGGAGGAGAAGGAACCACGGCGAAAGGAGAGGCUCAACCUCUCGACAGAGGGCCAGAGACCUGCUCCAGAGACUUCCCCCCUCCUCGCUCUCGGCCCCCCAAUCGCGUCCUCCCAUCUCCCUCUCUGAUCUGCAGGUGGGCGGCAGGUGCAAGUGCAACGGGCACGCCUCGCGCUGUCGCCGCGACAACCAAGGCCAGGCGGUGUGCCAGUGUGAGCACCACACGGCGGGGCCCGACUGCGACGUCUGCAAGCCCUUCUACUAUGAUCGCCCCUGGCAACGGGCCACGCCGUCACAGCCUCACCCGUGCGUCCCAUGUGAGUGCAAUGGCCACUCCACCAAGUGCCGCUUCAGCAUGGAGCUGUAUCAGCAGUCGGGCCGCCAGAGUGGCGGGGUGUGCCUCAAGUGCCGCCACCACACCACCGGACGCCACUGCCAGCUCUGCCAGAACGGCUACACCAGAGACCACAGCAAGGCCCUCGCGCACCGCAAGACCUGCCAACCUUGCCAAUGCCACCCUUUGGGAGCAGUGGGUCACUGGUGUAACCAGUCGACGGGCCAGUGCUUGUGCCGGGAGGGCGUGACAGGACCGAAGUGCAACCGCUGUGCCCCAGGCUACAAGCAGGGCAGAUCACCUCUUCGGCCAUGCCUUAAGAUACAGGAGACCGUGGCUCCAACACCUGUCUACCAGCCCCAGUACAGCAGGGCUGAGGAAUGUCAGAACUAUUGCCACCCUUCGUCGUUGAAAGUGAAAAUGAACCUAGAGACAUUUUGCCUCAAGGAUUAUGUUUUGAAAGUCCAGGUGAAGGGAAUGGAACGUUCUGGGCCGUGGUGGCAGUUCUCCAUAUGGGUGCAGUCAGUGUUCCGCGUGGGCUCGUCCCGUGUCCACAGAGGCAAGCAGGCGCUGUGGGUGCCUGACCGCGACCUCGGCUGUGGCUGCCCUGCCCUCCAGGUGGGCCGCAGCUUCCUCCUGAUCGGCGCGGAGGAAGGGGCGCGUGACUGGGCGCCGGGCGAGCAGAGACUGGUGGCGGACCGCUCCACUCUCGCCCUGCACUGGAGGGAGCACUGGAGCCCCAAGUUGCGCGGGUUCCGCGGGCAGGACAAGAAGGGCACAUGCCUGGAGAUUGCCCGUGAGAACUCCACCGCACGCCGAUCGCAUGGGAACGCACGCGUGGAGGAGUACACGCCUCCGCACCUGGAGCCGCCGCAGCAUGAGCACACACAACCACCACCGCAGCCCACGGACCCCCAGAGGGCUGACGAUGAUACACAUACUGCGACGCAGCAGGAGACACUCACACGUGCCACACCUCACCAUCACACGCACAAACACAAAAACAAUGGAAGGCAGAGACACGGUCACCACGCGGGUCGCAGCGGGCCACAUAACAACAGGGAAAAAACUGCAGACAGUCCCCAACAGAGGACUUCAGUUCAGAGCGGCCAUGGUGGCCUGUUACCGCCCACCACGGGUUCCUCUGACAACCAGGGGUACCUCCUCUCCACCGCCUGCCCAACUCUUCCCACAUAUGGCAAGCUUGUGUGACAAUAAAUGACAUGCCGGUCAACACAGAUAGGAAUCAAGAAUCUGUUCAUGUCGGACAACAAAGAUAUUAAUCUGUUCUUGAUAGGAUCUUGAAGCCACUUUGAUCUACAGUCUUCUGGGGGAAGAAAAUGUCUCCACCAGUCUGUGCCUGGUGUGUUGUAGAUUACGUACAGUAUAUCAGAGGUUGCAGAAGCAAACUCACGAUUAUGGACAGACGAACUGCCACGGGUGGACCACAGUUUUGCUAACUUUUAAGCCGGUGAGUUGAUUUGAAUUGAGAGGUGUCUGUGACACAGGCUCAUACCCUAUAGCUUCUAACUAUUAGUAGAGCAGACUGUUACCCCGUCCACUCAGACCCUUAUAAAGCUGCUGUGUUUUUUCUUUUCAUGAUGGACGAUAUAAAUGGCAUUGUAUGGAAAGUAUAAUGGAAAAUGGUGAACCCAGUCAGUUAAGAAGUCCUUUGUUUAUUUGUUUGUCUUCAAAUAAUGCACAAAUGUCACUUGGUUUGGUGGUUAAAAUGCCCCCUUUUUGUAUACCAGUGUAAUCAUACAUGCAAGACACCGUGCAUCAAAUGGCACUCAGACAAAGGGGCUUUGUUUUAGAUCAUCAUUUAUCAUGGCUGCAUCCAGAUGUUGUCUCCAGCCAACAAACUCUUGUCACUGAAGUGCCUGAAUAAGGUAUUAUAGCAUUAAGUUCAGAAAUGUUGAGUUUGUGCUCUGGGAAAAUCAAUGAACUAUUUAUGUGGCUAUUUAUUAAGAGACUUUCGUAGCUGCUAAGAAUUUUCUCUUUAAACCCCAUCCACUGGUCUCUGUAGGUGGUUGAUGUGUACAGAAUCAAUGGGAAUAUACAUUUAAAAGUCUUGUAAAUAACAAGGUGUUAUUUAUUAUUUUUCACAUUUGUGUUCACCUGACAUUUAAUCCACUGUUGUGACUUGGCCUGACUGUGUUGUUCUACAUUUCCACUAUACACUACCUCACCUAUUUCACAAGAUGAUGCUUCUGAGGACAGACUAGUGCAAUGGUUCCCAAACUGGGUGUUGGAACCCCUCAGAUGGUCGCACAGUUACUGCGGUCGCAGCCAGAAGAGACUUUGCACAAAAACGGACAACCAGAGGUUAGUUUACAUAAAUUCCAUAAACUUACUUAUAUGGUUAAUAAACGUAUAUGGGCCUGGCAGUUUGGGGGGUCUGGGGUUGCGAAAAUAUUCUUUGGUGCCAAUGGGGGGUACCAGCAGAAAAUGUUUGGGAGCCACUUGCCUAGUGUAUCACAUGAGCUUCCAGGACUGGACUGGCCAUCUAGCAUAGCGGGCAUUUCCCUGUGGGUCCGGCACCCUUGUGGGCCCUUAUUUUCAGAAAUGUUAAAAAAAAUGGCUUUAAGCCAAAAGUGCCUGGGCCUUUUUUCUCCCCUGGGCCAGCCCUGUGAGCUUCUUUCAAAUUGUUGAAACGUCAUUCAUUGGUGGAGUCACAUAUGGGAGGACACUUUAUGAUUCAACCAAUUGCUGCUACACAGUAAAUUCUGCAGUGCUCAUUUAACACUUAGAGAGUUGAUUUGACAUCAUUUGGACUCAAAUGAACUCUCUAAGUGUUGAAGUAACACCGCAACAUUUACUGUGUACAAUCACACCUUGACCUAUAAUUUGUUGUCAUGUGGAGACUGGUGGUAUACAGAUCCACCCCCAGUUUCCAGAGGUCAUAUCACAUAUCAUAUAUCAUAUAUUAAAGGUACACUGUGCAGGAAAUGGUCAAAAAAGGUACUGCAACU